AUGCCUGCAGACAUCUCCAACUCCGACUUCGACGUCAAUAUCCUCGAGGGUGCAUUCACAAGCCCCAACAUCGAGCUUGCGCUCCCUCUCCCCAUGGACAAGAAGUCGUACGUCGACAUCGAUGGCAACCACGAGGACCUCCGCUCCAACUUCUCCAUCAUCACCAACUUCUUCCGCUACUUCACCUCCGUGGACUACGACAACAUCUACAAGAACAACGAGUACCGUUACAGCAUCAACAAGUUCCACCCCAAGUUCCAGCAGAAAAUGAUGGACUACAUGGACGACCAGUUGGAAAACUCCGACCCCAAGUUGGACGAGUUGGUCUAUGGGUUGAUCAACCAGGAGCUUAGCCUCAAGUUGAUCACUGCCGACCAGUUCUACCCCCGCUUCAACGAGGUCAAGGCGUUUAUUGUCAACCACUACAAGAAGGAGAACAACAAGAACUUGCCUGCAUUCCUGUCCCUGGACGUCAUCCGUAUUGCCUACGUGACUGUCAUGAAGGUGUUCACCAAGAUGUUUCCCCAGGGAAUCUGGUGCAGCAAUCGCGAGUUCAGCGCCAUGUACCAGCGCUACUUGAAGGAUCCUAUGUCCAUCAUCUUCUUGCCCAACCACCAGAGUCACGUUGACUACAUCAUCAUCCACUUGUUGGCGGUACGGUUCCAGUUCCCGGUUCCUACGGUGAUUGCGGGUGAAAACUUGAACGUGGCGGUGUUUGGUAAGUGGUUGAAGAGUCUUGGAGCCAUUUUCAUUCCCAGAUCCAUGAGCGACGCCUACACUGAGCGGAAUUUGAGCAACAUCAUUGAGUUCAUGCUCAUCAACAAGAUCCACACCGAGGUGUUCAUUGAAGGCACCCGUUCCCGUGAUGGCAAACUUCUUUUGCCAAAGUACGGGAUUUUGAAGACCUUUGUCAAGAUCUUCCUCAAGCAGCGUCUCGAGGAGCUGAACCCCGACUUCGACUUGUUGUUCCAGCCGCUCUCUAUCACCUAUGAGCGUAUCUACGAGACCGACGGCUACUUGAAGGAGUUAAUUGGCCAGGAUAAGAAGCAGGAAAGUUUCCUCAACAUCAUUAACAACGGCCUCAAGAACUUGUACGGGCCAGUGGAAGAUAGAAACGCCAUCAAGUUCAAGAAAAACGGCUUCAAUGACAACUCUGACAAGAACUUGAGUGGGAAGAUCUUCAUCAAAUUGGGCGAAGGAUUCAACAUCUCGUCCUUCGUCAACGAGGACUUACCUCUUGACAGCGAUACCUUGAUUGAAUCGAUUAACCUUAAGAAGCUCGGUUUCCAAACACUUCAUCUGGUGAACCACGUUGCAUUCAUUCCCGAGGCUGCCAUUGUGGGUGCCUCGCUCCACAUGUACUACUAUUACUACAAUACCAAGGAAAUCCCAAUUGAAAAGUUGAUUCCCGUGUUGCGUUUGGUGGUCGACACUCUCUACGACGAGAAUGAGCACCACGUUACCAACAAGCAACUUCUUCAAGGCUUCAAGGACUACACUGAUGAUGAAUUGACCCAGGUGGUGAAGGAACAGAUUCUUUAUUUCUUUAGAUUGAUUUCUGUCAAUAUCAAGACCAACGUGGUCCGUAUUGGACGGUCCAUUGAAUUGAUUUACUUCAAGAAUUUGACCAUCCACUCGGUCAUCCACAUGUGCAAGGUGGCUUUCAUCUUAUUAUUGUUGGACGGAGGCAAGAUCAAGCCCACUUUCCUCGUGAUUAACAAGCUCAACUAUAUCUUGACAGGUUUCAUGAAAAACGAGUUCUUGUUUGAUUACAACUACAACAAAAGAGACGAAUUGAGCUUUAUUUUGGACAACUUGGAAAGAAAGGGCUACAUCAGAUUUGUUGCCGAAGGAGAAGGUUACUACUCUGUGCAAGACAGAAAGUACCUCGAAUUGUUUGGUAAUUUGGUCAAGCCAUUCUUGCAGUCCUACGUCAACCUCAUUCGUAGUACCUUUGCAAUCAUUGAAGUCAAAAAGAGCAAAUUCCUUGAAGAAUCGAAGAAGCACAAGGAAGAUAAGAAUUUCGACUACGAUGAGUUACGGUUCCCUACCACCAAGACUCUUCUUAAGUACAUCAUCAGUGAGAACAGGGCUCUGAAGACACCGGUAUCCACAGAGUCUGUCAACAAGCAAUAUUUGUUGAGUGAUCUUUACUACUUGAAUAAUUUACAGGUAAUUCAGAUCUUCAAAAAUAAGGCCAAAACGAAGGCUUUUGUCAAGGUGAUGAACAUCCGGGACUUAAGCAUCGUGCUGGAAUUUUUGCAACAGCUUGUUGACUUAAAUGCCCUGGGAUUGAUAAGUAAUGUGGUCAAUAUUAACUAUGUCAUUGACAUCAUCGACAAAAACUUUGACAGAGAAACAGAGGUGGAGCCACCGUCGACGGUUGCCAUAGCCAAGUUGUAAUCCAAUGUAUAUUAAUGCACAAGAACACAUUCGCUAGCAUGACAUGUAUGUAAAUAUCACUCGAGUCGACAUCAAUACCCAAGUUCCUCCCUCUUGUUACUUCAGAAUAAAGUUCACUUAACUUGAAUCCUUGAGGUUUAGAAAAUAUCUAUCUCACUGUCCUUUUCCAAUAUCUAUUUCUGAGGCAGUAUUCGCAGCCUCGAAUUGCACUAAAAUAGAAUCAACUUUCUAAUCAGCCUAUCUCGAAUUUCAAGGUCAUUUCUUCUGGAUUCAUUGAGUCAUGUUUCCAAGUCCAUCCACG